GAGGUCCGUCUGUUGACAAGGAGAGAAGGUGACUCGUCUCGCCGUGGAGUCGGACCUCUUUCUUUCCAACCAAAUAUUUCCUAAAGAAGACGGGAUUUAGUCACAUAAACAACAAUGUCUUCUUUUGGAAGGGCUUUAACAGUCCUCCGCAGAGCACCUCUGUUGCUUAGACGGAGGCCAGGAAGGAUUACGAGCAGAAAGGCCAGCGGAGGGCCUCACAUUGAGCCGCAGUACAGACAGUAUCCGCAGCUGACCAACAAGCAGAAGUUCGAUUCAGAGCUCCUCAGCGGAGCCAUGUGGUUCUGGAUCCUGUGGCACUGCUGGCACGACCCAGAUGCAGUGUUGGGUCACUUCCCUUGGCCAGAUGCGUCUCAAUGGACCGAUGAAGAGCUUGGUAUCCCAGCAGAUGAUGAAGAGUAACAUCACCACGAGAUUCUAACCGGCAAGUCUUUGAAAACCUUCAGGACUUUAUGAAAGUCAUUGUUGUACAUAGACUAAUAAAAUUAUGUUUAAGUUAA